UAUUUGUACAACCUGACCUAUUAUGAGCAGGGAGGACCGAUAUUUUUCUACACGGGCAAUGAGGGCUCAAUAGAAGGAUUCGCUGAGAACACGGGAAUAAUGUGGGAUCUGGCGAAACAGUUCAAAGCGGCGAUUGUUUUCGCUGAACAUCGUUACUAUGGUACAUCGAUGCCAUUUGGCAAUUUGAGCUAUACGAACGUCAAAUAUCUCGGUUAUCUGGCUUCUACACAAGCUCUUGCUGACUACGCGAAACUAAUUCCAUAUCUCAAAGAGAAAAUUAUCCAUUGCCCUCCAGAUACUCCGGUGAUCUCUUUCGGUGGAUCCUAUGGAGGGAUGCUAAGUGCCUGGUUCCGGAUGAAAUACCCUGAUAUUGUUACCGGGGCAUGGGCCUCAUCCGCACCGUUGAUGUACUUCCCGGGUGGCGGUGUUGAUCCGGGUGCUUUUGACCAUAAGGUGAAGGAGGAUUUCUUGAACGCUGGAUGCAACGAAAGAACAAUUACGAAUGGAUUUGCUGCGAUAAUGUCACUUUCAGAAACAGCAAGUGGACGUCAAUAUUUGAAUGAUCUAUUUCACAUUGAACAAAAGUCAUUGCUGACCAAACCUGAAGAUGGUGGUUAUCUGAUUGGAUGGAUUAAUGAAGCUAUAGUUUACAUGGCUAUGGUUGACUAUCCGUAUCCAUCCAAUUUCCUCGAACCUCUUCCUGGAUGGCCAAUUAAUUACGUUUGCAAGAAAUUCGCUGCAAAAGAAGUGACUGAUGAGAAGAAAGCAGCCAAAGUCAUGUAUGAAAUAUCCAACGUUUACUAUAAUUUCACGGGUGCCAUGAAGACGAGUUGUGUUAAUUAUAAUAAAUGUGGAGAUACUGCAAUGGCGAAUCUUGGAUCAGCGCUCGGAUGGCCUUGGCAGACUUGUACCGAGUUGGUGAUUGCGAUGUGCUCUGAAGGACCACCGAAUGACUUCUUCUCGGAUGAUUGUAAAGCAUAUGGUGGUCCGGUGAAUAGUCAGUACAUGUUCUGCAAUAAUGAAUUCGGGUCGAUGGGAUGGAGCGAUGGAUUCCUCCAUCCGGAUUCCUUAAAAAUUCAAUACGGUUUCAAUUUUGCUGCUGCGAGUAAUAUUGUGUUCACAAAUGGUGAUGUUGACCCAUGGUCUCCUGGCGGUGUUUAUGAAAGGGCUCCAGGGAUCGCACAUGCUACUAAGCAUGGUGUGUAUACUUUCCUAAUCGCUGGUUCAGCACAUCAUCUCGAUCUGAGACAACCAAACACAUGCGAUCCACCCCCAGUCAGGAAUGCACGAUUCCAGAUAACGAAUAUAAUUGACUGCUGGGUGAAUCCGAAGAAAUGUCCCAAGCCACCUGUAGCAACGAAACUGCCGCCACUUGGUGAAUUGUCAUCGAAAGAUUGUAAAUCUGAAUACUUCGCCUAUCCUUGGGGCCAAAAGGUGAGCAGAUUGAGCUUUUUCCCAACAAAUGACUUCGCGAAGAAAUUCGCUGCACCGUGGAGCAGGAGAACAAUUUUUUAUAGUUUUGUUCAAGUCGGAUGGGUUAAUUAUGGUUGCGUAUAUGAUCAGGUCGCCGCGAAAACUCCGCAGUUUCUUGGUGCAAUCGAAUUGGGAAUAUUUUUUUCGGUUUCUGCAGUGAUGAUCACUUCAAUGUGGGAACUUUGGUUAGGGGUAUUUGUGGUCUACGUCGGAUUUACUUUAGCGCAUCGUUCCGCAUUUCCAUUCGAUCCUGUCGCAAAAUCAGUACAACAAAAUGAUGUGAACGCAGCAGACCAUCCAUGGAUAACAGAUCAUUUCGAUGUUCCAAUUGACAAUUUUGCGUACACCAGCAAUGCGACUUACUCAAUGAGAUACUUGUAUAAUAAUACGUACUAUAAGAAAGGAGGACCGAUAUUUUUUUACGCUGGCAAUGAAGGUGCUAUCGAAGGAUUUGCUAUGAACACCGUAAUUCUUUCGUUACUUUCAACAGCAUUUAAUGCUAACAUUCAAAGAAUGUUGUGGCUAAAAAAUGUUGAAUUAAAAGAUGCUUCUGUUCUGAGCAGAUGGCAAAAUGUUAAUCGCUAUCGCACCAUGUCUCCAGUUAAAGAUGAAAGACAGUCGCGUUUCAAGUCUCAAUCCCAAUAG